AGGGCUGCCAUUGACCUCAACUAACGCCAGAGGCUUCUGACUGCAGCCGAGCACUGGUGGAGAGGCCGAUGCCGGCCUGAGAGUGGGAAGCGUGGGGCUGGGAGCCAGGGGCUUCCGCGCGGCGUGGCGUGGCCCUCUCAGGGCCGUUACGCGAUUUUCGCUCCCGCGGACAGCGCCUCUCAGACCACCCCCGAGGGACCCCGAGGACGCACUCGGGCCCCAGCGCGACGGUUCAAACGGGCCCGUGUGCGCCCCCGGGGUCCGCCGGCCCCUGCAGCGCUACCUGGGCGCAGAGCUGCGGAGGGUCUCCGUUCCUAGACGUCCUCCUACCCCGGGCGGCCUGAGUCCUCGCCAGCAUCCGCCCUCUCCCACCUCCCAUCCUUCCUGGAGCCGCCUCUCGGUUCCCGAGGGACAGUCCCGACCGCAAACCCACGUAGAGUAAGGAAUGUGGAAGGAACAGGCGACAGAAGUGGCAUACGCUCCUGCGUUAUCCCUCCGUCUCGCCACACCUUGUGCCUCCAUCUCUCCCCGUUUCCUUCCCUCUGUCUGUCAUCUGUCAUCCCCUGUCGCUCUAAGACCAGGAUUCCAGUUCGCCUAGUGAGGAAUCUCACUAGGGGAAUUUAUCGCAGCAUCAUAAAUUAACGGGUUCAUUUUGACUGAAAAAGCGAAGGAGUUUUUUCAGGCAGAAGACAAGUCUCGUCUGGUCGCGUCUCGUCUAUUUAUUGUCGCGGGGAAGCGGCGGCCGCCUCGCACCCGGAACAACAAAGCAAGGAAGACGGAGUCCGAGCCUCGGGGGCUCCUAGCAACGGGCCGGGGCGGGAGUUCCAUGGAGACUGGGGAGCGCGCCCGUCUCAUCCUCAUCCUUGUCCUCCAGCUUCUCCUUCGCAUCCGACGCAACCGGCAGCAGCGCUGCCGCCGCGUCCUCAGCCACCGCUCCCUCUUCCCACGGAUGUGAUCUUCGUGGUGGAAAGCUAAAUUUUAAAACCACCCCAAUGGAUGCAGACAGUGAUGUUGCAUUGGACAUUCUAAUUACAAAUGUAGUCUGUGUUUUUAGAACAAGAUGCCAUUUAAACUUAAGGAAGAUUGCUUUGGAAGGAGCAAAUGUAAUUUAUAAACGUGAUGUUGGAAAAGUAUUAAUGAAGCUUAGAAAACCUAGAAUUACAGCUACAAUUUGGUCCUCAGGAAAAAUUAUUUGCACUGGAGCAACAAGUGAAGAAGAAGCUAAAUUUGGUGCCAGACGCUUAGCCCGCAGUCUGCAGAAACUAGGUUUUCAGGUAAUAUUUACAGAUUUUAAGGUUGUUAAUGUUCUGGCAGUGUGUAACAUGCCAUUUGAAAUCCGUUUGCCAGAAUUCACAAAGAACAAUAGACCUCAUGCCAGUUAUGAACCUGAACUUCAUCCUGCUGUGUGCUAUCGGAUAAAAUCUCUAAGAGCUACGUUACAGAUUUUUUCGACAGGAAGUAUCACAGUAACAGGGCCCAAUGUAAAGGCUGUUGCUACUGCUGUGGAACAGAUUUACCCAUUUGUGUUUGAAAGCAGGAAAGAAAUUUUAUAAUUCACCACUUAAUUGGUUAGAAUCUCUAACUGAGCACCUUUUAAACCUGCUGCACAUUGGACUCAAAAGGAAAACUGGACCAACAGUAAUUGAGGAGAUAGACUCUUUUAUUCAUUCACGGCUACAGUGUAAGCUCCAGUCCCUUUGGAUUUUAUUCCAAACCUUGCUGUAAUAUAAAAGGAAGUUUACAAGACAUGACAUUGCUGCUUUUACAAAAGGACAUUCUAUUUAUUUUCGCAGUAAUUCUCAUGUCCCCAUAAGCAGAGCUGUCACAGUGUGCACUACCUUAGAUUGUUUUAUUGUUGUCAUUGUUAUUUUUUUCCAUUUUGAGCUAAUGUGUUUUAUUUGUGAAUAGUCUUUUACAUUUUUGUAUGCUGAAUAUGGGCACCAAAGAACCUGUAAAAGUUAUCUUUUUCAAUUGAAUGUGCACAAAUAAAAGUUUGGAAAAGAUCUCUCUUCAUAUCCAUUCUGUAACUUUUAUUCCCCAUUUUCUAUUUUAACAAAAAUUGUAUUCAUACUUUUUUUUAAAAUCUAUGCAAGCUUAAGACUUUGGCUAAAGUGUGUUGGCUUCUUUUUGAAGUGUAUUUUUUGUGUGUGUGUGUAUAUAUAUACAUAUAUAUGCGCCACAUGUGUAUAGUAUCUUUUAAUGCUCUGUUACCAAAUAACAAAUAGGAAUUUUUUUUUCUUGCAGAUUAGAAAUAAAAACGUGUAUAUAAACUCUAGAGAACCAGACUAGAAGUUUAUAGAUAAAGGAUAAUGUUUUAUGUUGCUAAUUUAAUAUGAUAGAAAAUGUUAAAUAACUUGUAAAGGUUAAGAAAUUGUAGUUUUAAGAAGAGAAACCUCUUACCCACUAGAUGGCCAUGAGAAAGAAGCUGUGAUGAAUGGUGCCUCAUUUGGAUCUUUGUUUUUCUGGAAAGACUCAACACCUGUAGUUGUAGAGAAGUGAUUGAGGUUCUUGACUUUAAUCUUGGGUUGGUGCCCAAGCCUAUACUAAGAGUCUUGUCAGAAGUUGGUAACAUGGAGAUGUUUUAACAAGAAGUGCCCACAAGCCGCCUCUGUGCCACAAUGUAAUUAUCAAAUAGCCCCUCUUGAAUUUGAAAGCCAUUUUGUGCGAUAUUGUCCUUCCCCUUGCUGUAUCUUAUUUAAUGGAGUUAAAGAGUGACUAUUCAGUAUAUGAGAUUGCUACUCUUAAAGUUAUAAUAAAUACGCAUUUAUGAAACAGUGUCUCUGGCUCACCCAGGAGCCCUGAUGUGGUAAUACAGGAUUAAGCGUAGUUGUGCCCUAUCACUUAGGUGUAGGAGUUUAGUGUAACCAACAGUGAUUAUACCUAGAAGUAAAGCUGAGUGGAGAGUCCAAUUAGCUUCUCAGGAGAAACUUAAUGGCGACAAUAUUUCAACACAAUGUUCCACAAAAACCUGUAUUUCCAAAAUGUUUUCAAAGCUUUGUGGAAAAGUUGCAACAUCCUAACCUCCAUAUAUAGUACAUUUUCCUUACCGUAUUAUAAAGUAAAUCUUGAAAACCUAGCUUAGGCACUGCACUGAACAACACUUAUUAUUUUUAUUUUUAUCUUUUUUCUUCUCAAUGCCUUCCCUAACCUGCUUCUUACUCCAAAGUGGAAGGCAAAGGCGAACUUACAUUUUUCUUUCUUAGGAAAGAUUUCAUUGGAAUUGUUAGACUUUUAUUUUUCCUUUUAAAAAAAAAAAAUGUUUAUUUCCUUUAUUUUAAGAUUCAGUAGGAUAGCCAAACUCAUAAAUAUAGAGAAUAAAAUUACAUGAAAGAGUUACAAGCUCACUGUUUUAAAGAUUUGACAUUUUCAUUUAGUUUUAAUUAACCGUAAUAAGUCACCUCCUGUUUUGCAAUGUUCACCAAAAAAAGAAAUGUAGAAUGGGGGAAAACAUGCUUAUAUAGCCAAGGUACAGAUCCAGAUGUUACAACCUUUUCAGUAUUCGCAUGACUUGAAAACUGUGCAGAUCAAUAGCUAAUCGAAGUGCUUUAUCUGAAGGGAGAGGGUAAAGACAGUGUGACCGGGUCUGUUUUCAGGGCUGCUGAGUGAGCCUCACCUAGCAGUGUCCAUGGGUAAUUCACUAACCUUAACAAAGAGGGGAAGAAGUGAGUGCUCUGAUGUCUUCUGCUGGCUCUCCAUAAGUACUGUAAAUUUUUUUUAUAAAUAAAAACUGUGAAUAUAUAUG